AUAACCUUCACCAUGUCAAAGAAGGGAAAGGAGGAGGUCUCUGACAUUUCUCCUGUCUUAUUCCUGGACACAAGUGGACAAUCAAUGCGCUUCUAUGUGAGACCCGGCCCAACUAAAACACAACUUUACCCUCUGGUAACUAACGGGGGAGGCACUUUGUGUCGCAAUCAAGAGCCCGGAGCCAUUUUGCUGAUCGAUCCCGGUGACGCAACUACUGUCACAGCGAGCUCCGGACAAAAGUACGUCUCUACGAAAUACAUCAAAGAUUGUGUAGAGCAGAACCAGCUGUUGAAUCUGGACGACUAUGUGAUUAGCGCGGGACCAUCUGUCCAGACGAGGAUGGCGACCCGUCAUCAGAGCAAUGGGCGGUUGGGUUACUCGCCUGAAGACGACGCAGCCAUCUUGAAGUUCAUGGAAAAGCGGCAACAUGAAGCCAAAGGCAACCUGGUUUGGAAAGAGAUGGAGAAACGGCGCGUGACCGAGCACAGCUGGCAGUCCAUGAGGGAUCGGUUUCUAAAGCCCCUCCAGCUUAAACUCGUGAAGAAGAGUCCCACGAAAAGAAAACCGCUUUGUUUUACGCAAAGCCCUUUGCGUAAGAAGAAAGCCACUGAGAACUCAGAACCUGAGAGGGAUACCUUACAAAACUCUCCUCAAAAGCCAGUCAUUGUGUCGGAUUCAUCUGAAACACAAAUCGCCACAGAAAACAGCGUGUGUCCAGCUGUGAGGACCGACCCUCAGCCUUCUCCUGAGGGAGCCAGUUCUCCUCCAGAUGUGGCAGAUGCUGCAGGAGAGCCGCCGCAGGCCUCAAGCCAUGACAGUCAGGACGAGUCUCCUGUCCCGGUCCAAGAAGAAGAAACACCAGAGCCUGAGAUGUCUAAAAGACCUACAUUAGAUGAAGGUUGUGAUGGACAACACGUUCCGGAUGGAUCAAAGGAACAUUCAUCUCCCAACAAAACAAGUCAAAGUACCUGCAAGGCCUCCAUUUUUCCUUAA